AUGGCGGAUGUCUCUAAAUCAACUCCUGCUCAGGUGGUUGUUCAAUCUGAAGGUGUUUUUAAUGCAGGUAUAACAUUGGAUGAAUCUAAUUAUGAUGUAUGGUCACAACUAAUGGAAAUGCACAUCGCUGAACGAGAGAAACUCUCGUUUAUUAGAGGGAAGAAGGAUCCACCGUCAGAGGAAGAUCCAGAAUAUGAAGCAUGGUAUGGUGCAAAUCAAAAGGUCAAGAGAUGGCUCUUGAUGUCUAUGAAACCAGAAAUCAUGAAGAGAUAUCUCAGGUUACCUACAGCUCGAGGAAUAUGGGAAGCGUUGUCUAAAGCCUUCUAUGAUGGAAGUGAUGAACUGCAAGUAUUUGCUUUGAAUCAAAGGGCCUUUGCAGCAAGACAGAGAAGUCGACCCCUAACAGAAUACUAUGGUGAACUGAUUGAGAUCUUUAGGGAAUUGGACCAUCGUGACAAGAUUGUUAUGAAGGACCCUGGAGAUGUGGAGUUGUAUGACAAGUCUACUGAAAGGCUGAGAGUACAUAUCUUCUUAGCUGGAUUAGAUGAUGAUCUAGAACAAGUCCGAGGAGAAAUUCUAAGAAAGGAUAUUGUACCUGACUUGGAAGGACUUUGGAAAAGGGGUGUUAUGCUUUGA